GGUGCACCGUCGUCGGUUGCUGACAGUGGUGCGGUGGUUCGCCCCGAAUACACGCCACCAUGUUCUAUGCUCAUCAUAUUCUUCACCGUCGCCGCGGGAAGUUUGGGUUGCUGUGGAUGGCAGCAGCCUCGCCCAAGUUUGUAGGCAAAGCGCAGCUUAUGGCCGUGUCCUUGUCCAGCAUGAGUGAGGCUCUCAAGAGCGAUCUGACCCAUGGGAUUGCUGGGCGGCAGUCGCUGCGUUUCUCCCUCCGACUCUCCUGUCGGCUCGUCACUGGGCUGUGGGUUCUUUACCGCAAGAAGACUGCCCUCACUCGAGCUCUAGCAGAGCAGUGCCUGAAGAUGCUCAUCCAGCGACGGAAGCAUCAAACCACACUGAACAUCGAGUGA